AUGGAGUUGAUUAUGGUAAGUAAUUUGUUUGAAAGGGUUAUUUUGAUAAUUUUGGUUAAGUUUAUUUAUAAUGAGUUUAAUUUAUUAAUUUCUAGUAAGUAUCAGUCUAAUACUAUUGUUUUUGUUAGAUUAUUAAUUUAUAUUAUAUUAUUGAAUUUGUUUGGGUUAUUACCUUAUGUUUUUACUGUUACUAGACAUAUUUCUAUUAAUUUGAUUUUGUCUUUAUCUUUGUGAUUAGGCUUUAUUUUGUAUGGGUAUUUAAAUAAGCCAGUUAUAGUGUUUAGUCAUCUUGUUCCUAAAAAUACUCCUAGAUUUUUAAUGAAUUUUAUGGUUUUGAUUGAAUUUGUUAGAAAUUUGAUUCGACCUUUAACUUUGUCUAUUCGAUUGACAGCUAAUUUGAUUUCUGGACAUUUGUUAAUAAUUUUGUUGGGUUUAUUUAUGUCUAAGACAAUUUUAUUGUUUUUGUGUUUGUCAAUUAUUGUUCAAAAUAUUCUUUUAAUUUUGGAAAUUUUUAUAGCUUUUAUUCAGGCUUAUGUGUUUUCGGUUUUGAUAACUUUAUAUUUUACUGAAUUUAAAUAAAUUUAAUGUUAA